AUGUUUAGCUCUAAUUCUAAGCGUAAAAGAAAAGAAAGCACAUAUUUAAGAUAUUAUUGUACCUCUACUACUACUGGGAAUGAAUACUCAGAAUUUGAUGAGCCUUCUUUAAAUAUAUCGGAUCAAGAAAACUGGAAAAUUAAUGCAUAUUAUAGAAUUCUGGAUGCAAUUAUUACCAGCAUGAAAACUAGAUUUUCAUCUGAAAGCUUACGUUUAGCAUCAUCUGUUGACAAUACAAUGUGUUCUAAUAAUCCUAAAAUCAUGGUUUUCAGACCAUCUUUGAGUGAAUUUAAAAAUUUUAGUAGCUACAUUGAAUUUAUGGAAUCGAGAGGAGCUCAUAAGGCUGGUGUGGCAAAAAUUAUCCCACCAUCUGAAUGGAUACCAAGAAAAAAAAGCUACGACGAAGAUGAUAUAAUGAGUUUGAAAAUUCCAAAUCCAAUAUACCAAGAUGUUAAAGGUGAUAAAGGAAUUUAUCAACAAUUCAGACGGAAUCAAAAAAUGAUGACGGUCAGAAAGUUUAAAAAACUUUCUGAGACUGAAUUUUAUAAGACUCCGGAUCAUAAAGACAAUGGAGAUAUCGAAAAGAUAUAUUGGGACAACAUUGUUUGCCACACCCCAAUAUAUGGUGCCGAUGUAACUGGGUCUGUUACUGACCAAGAUGUGAAAGCUUGGAAUAUGAAUAAGCUGGAUACGAUACUGGACGUUAUGCACGAUACGACCAUCGAAGGUGUUAAUACACCUUAUUUAUAUUUCGGUAUGUGGAAAUCCACAUUCGCGUGGCAUACUGAAGACAUGGAUUUAUACAGUCUUAACUACGUACAUGUUGGAUAUCCAAAGACAUGGUAUGCGAUACCUCCAAAACAUGGGAAAAAAUUUGAAAAAUUGAUUCGUGAGAUUUAUCCGGACGAAUUAUCAAGUUGCCCGGCGUAUGUUCGGCACAAAACAAUUAUUUUAUCACCUGCCAUUUUGAAAAAACACUCAAUACCAUUUAAUACGAUCACACAAAAACCUGGGGAAUUUAUGGUAACUUUUCCUUUUGGUUACCAUGCGGGGUUCAACCAGGGCUAUAACAUCGCUGAGGCAACGAAUUUCGCCACUCCACGUUGGGUGGAGUACGGUAAAAAAACAAAUUAUUGCCGAUGCUUUGGAGAACCAAUCAUUUUCAAUAUGGAAAUAUUUUUACAGCGGAUACAACUUGACAAGUCUCCCUUGUUGCUAAAAGGAAAUGAUAUUGGGCUCCAUCCAAAAUGCGAUGGCUCUGGAAAAAAAAGAGAUUUUGAACGCCUUCCGGUGUGCAAAAAUCUGUACUAUAGAAGUACUAUAGAAGAACUGUGA